AUGCGGGAGUUCAUUAGGGCCCACCCACUCCAUCCACGUAUAGUUAGACACCUUCAGGAUACGGGUUUCUACAGGAUCAUAGAGAUCGGUCGGUUGCAGUUCGACUGGGUGUUGAUCAUGACUAUGAUAGAGUGGCGGCGACCAGAGACGCACACGUUUUAUCUACCCAUCGGUGAGGCUACCAUCAUGCUUGAGGACGUGGAGGUUCUUUUCGGGCUGCCGGUUGAUGGAUUACCUGUAGCUUACUGGCAUGCUCUCAGAGACUACAUGGGAUUGUAUUACCUACAUAUGUUGCAGCGCCUUACCAGAUUCCAGCCAGCGGAGGAGACUGCAUUGAGUGGGGCCAGUCGUUUGCAGCUGACGCCAGUCCGGCAGCAUCUGGAGGCGAUGGAUGCGGAGAUUACAGAUGAUUCACCGCCAGAGCGGCUAGAUGAUUUACCUGGUUACAGCUGGGGUGCAGAUGUUCUAGGUUACAUGUAUAGGCAGAUGUGUCAGGCUAGCAUGGGCACCCAGAGAGACGUUGCCGGAUUUUUACCGCUGUUACAGUUCCAACCACCUCUACCACCCAUUGCUCCGGAUGCACCACCUCCACCGUUUCUCCCUUUAGCUUGGAGGUGGAUUGAUAGGCGAGGCUACGGACGUGAGUUCGAGGCUUGA